GACAGAAACUACGCCCAAAUGAACAAAGAAGAAGCUUGGCGAUGCCCAGCUACUCUGAGUGGAGAGAUCGUGAAGCCUCCACCACAAAAUGACCAAAAGUAGAGAAAAAGGAACUCCCUCGAAAGAGUAAAGAAGGAAGACGUGAGAAGAUGCCGGAGUACUGCGUGACCGGGGGGACGGGCUUGAUAGCCUCUCAACUCGUUAGAGCACUGCUGGCCAAAGGCCAUACCGUCCGCGCCACCGUCAGAGAUCCAGGGGAUGAGGCCAAGGUUGGCUUCUUAUGGAGCUUUGAUGGAGCCAAGGAGAGGCUCAGGUUGGUGAAGGCCGAUCUGCUGGUUGAAGGAAGCUUCGAUGAGGCUGUGGACGGCGCUGAUGGGGUCUUCCACACGGCGUGCCCAGUCCAUGCUCCCCCUGGCCAAAACAUUCAGGAAGCUCUGAUUGAUCCAGCCAUUAGAGGCACAGCAAAUGUGCUCAAGUCCUGCUCUAAAGCAAGCUCGGUCCGGCGAGUCGUGCUCACAUCCACCUGCGCUGCAGUCAGGUAUCGAGACGAUGCGACUGCAGUCUCCCCGCUCGAUGAAUCACACUGGAGUGACCCCGAAUACUGCAAAAGAUACAAGAUGUGGUAUGCUUACGCUAAGACACUGGCUGAGAAAGAGGCAUGGCAACUGGCAAAGGAAUAUGGCAUUGAUCUUGUGGUUGUGCUCCCAUCCUUUGUUGUAGGGACAUUCCUCACGCCGCAGCCCACAAGCACUCUCCAAACGCUACUAUCCAUCAUAAAAGGAGAGCGCCCUACUUACCCUAACAGGACUGGGGGAUUUGUGCACAUUGACGAUGUGGUCCUCGGCCACAUUUUGGCAAUGGAGGAGAGCAGAGCCUCGGGAAGGCUCAUUUGUUCGGGUAGCGUAGCUAAUUGGACCGAGGUUAUGGAGAUGCUGAGAACCAAACAUCCAUCCUAUCCAAUCCCUACCAAGUGUGGCGAUUAUCAAGGAGAGAACCCACACAGCAUGGAUACCACUAAGAUCAAGGACCUAGGGAUGCCACCUUUCAAAGCUAUUCCCCAGAUGUUUGCUGACUUCAUCAAGAAUCUCCAAGAGAAGGGAUUUUUGUGAAGCUCUUCAUUGUUGAAAGCCAUCUGACACUUGAGAACAGCAGUGUAUGCUACAUCUAUAUCAAUUUAAGAUGUUUUAGAGUGUUUUGAUUUACGCCAUUAGUGUCAUGAAUUUUCUCUGAUUAAAGAUGUAUUUGUCUGCUAAAUUUACCAUCCUAUGAUAAAGAGCUCCGAACGUCAGACAAUAAAGGUUUGGUUGGAUCUUGUGAUCU